UCUGCAUUGCCGAGAAGGGAAGAGAACAGAGUAGCUUGAAGCUUGUGGGGUUGGGAAAGUUUUACUUCUUGGAUGUGUUUUGGUUUUGUUUUUUUUUUUAAAGUAUAUUGCAGAACGAGAACAUGGGGGACAUGACACCAGCAGAGGAGACUGAGCUGAGGGCUGCCCGCUGCCAGCUGUUUGAAUCCGGCAUGAGGAAUGAAGCAAGAAGACUGAGGACUUUUCGGCAAUGGCCAGGCACCUCACCUGUGUCUGCCCGAGAUUUGGUCAAGGCUGGCUUUUUCUUUGUGGGUCCAAGAGAUGAAGUACAGUGUUUCUGCUGUGGUGGUGUCCUGAAGGACUGGGGACCUGGUGAUUGCCCGAUAGUAGAGCACCUGAAGUUCUUCCCUUCCUGUAAAUUCAUUUGCGGUGAGGAUGUUGGGAACCAAGAGAUGCUUCCUCUUCAGGAAAUCUUUGACACUGUGGAUGGGCAGUUCCUCAGUCUUUUGCAGGGGAUAGACAGUGAGGAGACAGCCCUGCCCAACGAACCAGAAUACCCAGAGAUGGUAACAGAGGAGAUGAGACUAUCUACGUUUCAGAACUGGCCGCAAUAUACUGACAUGCAUCCUGAGCAACUGGCUAGAGCAGGAUUCUUUUACACAGGACAAGAUGAUGUAGUGAGGUGUUUUUACUGUGAUGGAGGCGUGAGGAACUGGUCGUUUGGAGAUGAUCCUUGGAGGGAACAUGCCAAAUGGUAUCCAGGGUGUGAAUUUUUAUUGCGGUCAAGGGGGAGAGAAUUUGUUAGCAGUGUUCAGGAGUCCUUUUCUAGCACCCUGCUAUCUCCAAGAGAUUCCUGGGAUCAGACCGAACAAGAUUCCUCUGCUUCCCAAGAUCCUCUGAGGAAUUGGGAAUUGCAGGCUCUUCCUUCUCUGGAUCAGUUUACCAUAGUGCAGAAUGUCCUGCAGAUGGGCUUUGACCCCACCUGGGUGGCUAACCUGGUAGAGAAUAAAUACAUGCUGACUGGGACUUUCUACCUUUCUGAGUCUGAACUGAUUUCUGAUCUGCUUCAGCCAGACUGGGGAGAGAGCAGCAGUGCAGAGGAAAGCAGAGAUGCUGUUCAGAGAGAGACUGAACCAUCAAGCUCAAGAGAAGAAAUGCAAUCUGUGCAACAAAAGGAAUCAGAUGAGUCUCGGAUGAGCACAGAAGAACAGCUCCGACGCCUGCAAGAGGAAAGGAUGUGCAAAGUGUGCAUGGACAGAGAUGUGUCUGUUGUGUUUGUUCCUUGUGGCCACCUGGUAGCUUGUGGAGAAUGUGCCCUCAACUUGAGAUUGUGUCCUAUCUGCAGAGCGGUCAUCCGGGGAAGUGUGAGGACUUUCAUGUCCUGAACCAUGAUGUGCCUAAAGGGAAAGAUAAGUCUAUACGACUCACUCAUAACACAUCAGAGGAAGAAAAUAAGUAAAUAGUUCGAUUGAUGCUGGAGCCAUCUUAUUUGCAGGGUAGCUCGGCAUAAGUGUAAAAACUUACUAAAUGUGCCUCCUAUGCACGGUGUUUCUAGUAAGAGUUGCUGGUUUGCUGUACUCUUGCUGAUCUUGCUGUAGGACUGCUCCAGAAAAACUCUGCUAGUUUCUUUUGUCCUCCAAAAAGAGGCUUUUGUUGACAAGAGAUUCUCCUUCUCCAAACUCUUGCAUUCUCAAAUGAAUCCUUGCUCUGUGUUGAAAUCAAGGGCUGUUUACAGUAGACUGUCUCUGGUUCUUUUUCUCUCAUUUAGCAGUUGUUUAGAGAUUAUUCUGCUAGGGUUGAUGGCUUCCUUCAGUAAGCCUGAGUCAAAAUGGGAGUAUUUUUAUACAAAAUGUGUUCCAUUGAGAUGAGAAUACUCAGCAGCAAUGUAUUGUGAGGGAAGGAGAAUCUAGCUUUUUCUUCUGAACUCUUUGCUGUCUUCCCCCUCCCCCUUGUUGAAUUGUCAACAAUUGACAGAAUUUUUCAGUAAUACCUAAGUCCACAUAACUAAGUGAAAAGCCUGGCCUGUUGCAGACUCUCCAACCUCUUUACUCUCAGCUGACCUCCCUAGACAGAAAGUGAAAGGCUCUUUGAUGGUCAGGGUCACUAGAUGAUCUCAUGGAAGCUUCUUACAGAGCCUCUUCCCUGGCUGUUAGGUACUAUUCUACUAGAAGAUAACUAUGGAAACUUACCUUUUUAGGACUUCUGUUUGCUGGCUAAACUGAUAAUUCUUAUUUUAAAUGGAACAUCCUAUCAUGUAGCCGAAAAGAAAGUUUUGUCAAUAUUAUAGCUUGUUAACUGCAGGGGAAAGAAAAUAUGGGUUUUUUUAUAAAUAACUGUUAUUUUUCACUGAAUAAAAAGUUUUUCUUUUGUUUAUCUUA